GAAGCUUUAUUUUUCGGUCUAGCACAAUACCCAACCUGCGAGUUCCUUAAACCCUAAAAUCACCGUUCACAGCCCUGUGACGGCAUAAGGAGCCGAAUCCUAACUUGUAAGAUUACCCGUUCUUCCCUCUUUUUUCUUUUACAUCUUCUGAUCACGCUAUUGAAAUUCGUCGUUUGAAAUCAGGGUUUUCUAAGCCCGAGGCACAAUGAGAUUGGAGAAGUGUUGGUUCUGCUCCUCUACUGUGUACCCUGGGCAUGGUAUACAGUUUGUCCGUAAUGAUGCCAAGAUUUUUCGAUUUUGUAGAUCCAAAUGCCACAAGAACUUCAAAAUGAAGAGAAACCCACGAAAGGUAAAAUGGACCAAGGCCUACAGGCGUUUGCAUGGAAAGGACAUGACACAGGAUUCAACCUUUGAGUUUGAGAGAAAGAGGAAUAGACCUGAGAGAUAUGAUAGGAAUCUUGCUGAGAAUACUCUGAAGGCUAUUAAGAAGAUUGAUAAAGUUAGAUCUAACAGGGAAGCUAAACACAUUGAAAAGAGAAUGAAGGGCAAGAAAAGCAAGGAAAGGAGAGAGGCAGCAAAGGAAUUGGAGCAGAGUAUCCACAUGGUCAAACCUCCUUCAAUUCUUGCUCAAGAUCCAUCUCUUACGUUGCCCAAGAUCAAGGUCAAGGUCUCACGACAACAAACCGAGGAAAACCAUGCAAUGGAGGAGUGAUUUUUUAACUGAUUUAUCCAUACUUUUCACCUCAGUUCUUUUUCUUUUGAUUCACUCUUUCCUUCUUUUAUCCUUUUCUUUUCAUUCCUAUGUGAGAAGACAUGGAGGAUAAAGAGGUCUCAGUUCAUCAAUCAUGUAAUGGCAGGGGCAAUGCUUUUUUUUUUUUUCUUUCCUUGGUGGGGAUGAUGUUACUUUUGUCAACAUUGCUGUUACAUGUCCUAAAUGUGAAGUUGGAUUUCAAUCUCUUUCUGUAGUGUCAUAUGUUAGAGAAUAGAAACAAUGCUUGUACCUUUGUAUUGAAUGAAUGCCUUCUUGUUGCCAUAAAUAUUUGUUCUAGUAAGUAAUAACAUAGCAACAUAGUUUAGUCGUU